AUGAACGCGUCUUGGUGGUGUGGAAUUGUGGGUUGCGUACUGAGGUGCGUUGGUCGAUCGCAUUCUAACACAGAGCUAUACCUGCCUAAACGAUGGACCAUUAUUACCAGAACCUUGAAUUUGUGGGUUAAUUAUUUUCUUCACUUUCCUCCGUUAACGUUUACUUUACAUGUCGGCGCUGUAACCCUCAUCGCCAGAACGCCGUUAGCUGCUCUGGCCGGAGUUUCUCAGCUAGAUUAUGAGGCAUCGGCGAGUUCAACUUCAGCACCAAUAAACUUAAAGUUGAUAUUUUCAGACGAUGUGGUCGUUUCUCCGGUGUUCACGAGACAAAAGAUAACCGGAAAAAAUGGUGGAAAUGAGUCCAUCAAAGUCGUAUUGGUUAAUGCCGAUACACAAGAAGAAGUCACCACAGCGCCGAUGGCCUUCUCGAAGGUGAAGAUAGUUCUACUUCGUGGAAAUUAUGAUGGCACCACCAUGGAAGAUGGCGAGUUCGAGAAAAACAUCGUGGUCAACUGGGGGAAAAAGAAAAAUCUUCUUGUCGGUGAUGUUUAUGUUCAUCUUGAACAUGGGACUGCAACAGUUGGUGAAAUCCGAAUCCAACACGAUAAAAAUCCUAUCAGAAAUGUUGAAUUCCGAUUGGGAGCAAUGGUUGUCGAUUCAUCAUGUCCCUAUGAGGUCAAACAGGCUAUAACACAAUCUUUUAAAGUCAAGGAUCGUCGAAAUGCUCCCAAGUCCUUCAGAUCAUUGUCUCCAACAGACAAGGUGUGGCAGCUGAAGAAUAUCAGUAAACAUGGCGUCAUCCAUACGCGUCUGGAGAGAGCAAACGUCUAUAACGUGAACGAUUUUCUCAAUAUGUAUCAUUCCAAUCCUCAAGCCCUCCAAGAGAUAUAUCGUGUCAAAGGCAAAAAGUGGGAGACAACUGUAAAUCAUGCCAAAACAUGCAACGUGGGUAAUGCUAAUUAUAAGGCCUCCAGACGACUUGAAUCCACCUCUCAAGGAUCGAACAUUCCAUCAUCCUUUGAUGGUGAUUGUUAUUUUCCGCAGCCUUAUGAAAACGAUUCUUUUCAUGGUAAAGAGAUGAUUGUGGAUGAUAGUUUUUCGAUCCAUGAUGUUCAAGAAUGUGAUAUGGAUGUAUGGUUUCAUGAAGAUGAUGAAGGGUCACUACUAUGUCAAGACUCUCGAGAAGAUGGAAUUUGUCGUGCAUUGAGUAUGGUUGAGUUUCAGGGUGUUCAGGCAAAGAAAAGAUGGAAGAAAAUGCGUACAUUGUUGUUCUCGAUUGCGUCUUUCUCUGUCAUGUGUGGGUGCGACCUGGAUGGCUAA